AUGAGCCAGCAACAACACGACAUGUAUCUCGACUAUUCAACCCCCGCCAAUCGCUCUCCGAGCUCUUCGAGAGCCUACGCGGGCGGCUUCCAGUCGGGUCUCUCCUUACCCCGCCAGGCCCAGCGACCUUUUGACAACGGUUUGGGCUCUUCUGCUCUAUUCCCCUCCGACCGUCUUGGUUACAACCCGAGAGCGAUGGAUCAAAUGUCUGCCAAUGGAAUGCCGGGAGGUUAUAUGCUGGACAACAGCCAGGCUUGGAACUACAAUGCUGGCGGUGUCGCCACUGUCAACGGUGCCAUCAACGGUGCCAAUAGACAGAGGAGUGUCAACCGCCGAGCAGCCCUUCCUACGAACUGGACCGAUCAGAGUCUUGGUGGUAUGCAUGGCUCCUACGGCUCCAGCCUCAACAGCGGCAUGUCGAACGGUUUGCGGUACGAUGGUCAGGGCGAUAUGCGACCCAGCUCGCAGACUGAGGAGCAGCUCAUUCCUACCGCAAUCGUCAUCAAGAACAUUCCCUUCGCUGUUCGCAAGGAAACGCUUGCCGCCGUUAUGAUGGACAUGCACCUUCCUCAGCCCUACGCCUUCAACUACCACUUCGACAAUGGCGUGUUCCGCGGUUUGGCCUUUGCCAACUUUCAGUCACCCGAAGAUACCAAGAUUGUUAUUGAUGCCAUGAACGGCAUGGAGGUUCACGGCCGAAAGCUGAGAGUCGAGUACAAGAAGAUGCUGCCAGAGGCCGAGCGUGAGCGCAUCGAGCGCGAGAAGAGGGAGAGACGUGGUCAACUUGAGGAGCAGCACCGCGCCCCUAUGCUGCACCAGCAACCUUCUCUCCAGACCCUGAACAGCAUUUCCAGCAACUCAAACCGCAGCGCCCUUGGAGACGUGAACCUGAACGACCCCGAGACACUGGAGUUCUAUACCGAGCUUACCUUGUUCAAGCGUGACACCUCCAGAGAAAUUCUCAUCUUCCCUGCCACCGUUGCGCCUGAGCAGCGUCGCCAGAUCCAUAUCCUGGCUCACCACAUGGGACUCGAGCAUAACUCCGUUGGAGAAGCCGACUCACGACAAAUUCAUGUCGUCAAGCGCCAGCUGCCGUCGCCCACUACUCAGAACCACUUGCCGGCCGUUGGUCUGGACUACCACAAGAAGGGUCUUAGCAGGGCCGCUACGUUUGACUUCGCGGCGGACCGUGAGGCUCGCAGCGCCAGUACCAACUACUCUCACGCCAUUGGCCGCCAGGGUCCGACUCUCGAGCUUCCUGGAAGCCCUGACGGCAACGGUCUGGCCAACCUCCGGGCUGCCAAAAGUUUCGCCGACCUGCGAUCCUUCAGCCCCAGUCCGUCUGCUUCCUCUUCGAGCUAUUUGACGGCGAUGAACGGCAUUGGCAACAUCCCCCAGUCGGGCAACUCGAACAACCGCUUCGGCGAGUACAACAAUGGUGUGAACCAAGCCGGCGCCCUUGCCACUCCCAACUUGACGCCGACUUCGGGCACCGUUGGUACCCCAGGUACCGACAGCAGUCUGCUCAGUUCUCUUGGGGGAUUGAACCUCGGCUCCUUUGAGUCCUCGGCCCACACCCAGGCGCGCAGCACACCUGGUGCUAUUGGCAGCCAGCGUCCUGGCGCCAACGGAGCCAGCCGUAACGCUCCUGAGAGACAACCCAGAGGCCCCGAGUGGGAAGCCUCUGCUGGCUUCAGCGGACGCAACCGCUCCAACGGCCACAUGCAGCGUGGUAGCGACUCUUCCGACAACGCACCCCGUACUGGCAGUGCCUCUCGAUUCCACUAG